GAUGUCAGCUGUAAUGAGAUCUCCCACAUACCGUUACAGAUUGGAGAUAUGUCCUCCUUGCGUUGCUUAAAUCUGCGGAGAAAUUAUCUCAUCGAGUUGCCUGUUGAGAUUAGCCGUUUGCAGCUGUACAGACUGGACUUUGCCAACAACAGGAUAGCGAGAAUCCCCACAGUCUUUCGUAAAAUGGAAACCUUGGAACAGUUGAUAUUGGAUCACAAUCCUCUAUCAUCUCCGCCUGCUCAU